AUGUUCCUGCGCAUAUUUGAGACGAUGAGCAAUGUUAAUUUCAUCCCAUUUGAUUAUAAUGACGAAGUGUCCUGGCACCUCCGGCUCAGUAGUGUCAGAACCCCAACUCGUCGUCUUCCCCUUCCAGAACCCGCGCGGCUCAGAGCCGGCUCGAGUGUCAAUGGGGGAUACUGUGUUAACUGUCAAACCGUUGGCAAUUUUGUUUCAAAUCAACCCUUAUUGAACAAGAUUCCACGCCCAAAAGUUUCUAGCGGCUCAGAUUCAUACGCAAAACAAUACGACAAGAUACAUGACACGAUUAGGCUGGGGAAUCUCGCAGAUCUUGAGACGAAUCAAGACUGCAUAUGCUGCCAGUCCAUCAUUUCUGCACUUCGAGAACAAGAUGAGGUUACCCAGGCACAAUUGCAUGACUGGGAAGCGGAAUUAUGCUGGAACGGUGUCAUCUUCUGCUGCAUCCUUCACCGUCUUAAUAACAAUAGUGUUGAAGCGUUGCACCUUCGUCAGGCAAACGUAGCAAGCGACCGGGAAUAUAGACAUCCAAAGCUGGUGUCCUUUUGGAAAUAUAACAGAUUGAUGGAUGCCAACAAAAUCGACACGUCAGUCAUUCAAAAGUGGAUCGAAACUUGCGACCGCAUUCAUGAGCCUGAGGCGCAGAGCGUUGCGCCUUUGUUAUCCGCGAGUGAGCUUCCGUGGCUAUAUCUUAUUGACUUGGAAAAGCAAUGCCUAGUCAAAGUCGAUACCGCUCAAAGUCCCCGAUAUGUAACUUUAAGUUAUGUCUGGGGCGGAGUGGACAUGUUGAAAACGACAGUCAACAACUUGGAACAGAUGCUGCAACCCGGGGCACUGCUUGAUAGCCAAGAAAUGAAGCGACCGAAACUUGCACAAACCAUCGUGGACGCCAUGGACUUGGCAAGAACACUUGGCUGUCCUUUCUUUUGGACAGACUGCAUAUGCAUUGUCCAAGACGCGGAAGAUGAACGGACCAUGUUUUUGAACGGAAUGGGUUCCAUAUAUGCCAAUGCAUACUUUACCAUCGUCGCUGGCGAGGGAAAAGAUGGCAAUCACGGGAUUCCGGGAAUUGGCCGCUGUUCAAAGCCUCGGAAUACUCUCUGCAGCAAGAUUCGAUUCCCUGGCCACUCACUCUUUCUUACUCCUCGUACUGAUAAAGCAACCGCCCUAAAAAGUCCUGCCGUAUACUGUACGGACAAAGAAUGGUCGACUCGUGGAUGGACACUUCAGGAAUCCUAUCUGUCACGACGGCUCCUUGUCUUUACAUCAGUUGUUAGUUUCCACUGUCAGAAACACACAAGCGUUGAAUGGGAGUUGGCAACCCACGGUGAAGGUCGCUUUCCGAUUAACAGAACAUCUUUUGCUUGCAAUGUUCCAAACUGGCCUAAUAUUAACCACUUUAUAACAGUGGCCGAAGAAUAUAGUCAGAAGCGCCUGUCGUUUGACGAUGAUAUGCUUCAUGCUUUUGCCGGUAUAACGACAGUGCUGAAGCCGGCUUUCCAUUCAGGGUUCCACUACGGACUGCCAGAGGUAUUUUUCGACGCUUCUCUUCUGUGGGAAUCCGACUGGAGAAGGCCGGAUCCACCUCAACUUCGGAAGACACAGAAAUUAUCACUUCCGAGCUGGUCAUGGGUGCGUAUGAAGGGUUCUAUCAGCACAAGCAAUUGGCGGCUUUUUGCAAAGGACUUCUACAAAGAAACGUCGUCAUCCAGAAGAUUUCAUGAGCUGAAGCCCCGAGUUAAAUGGUGGAAAACGGGCUCUAAGGGGGAAGCAUUGGAGUUGAUUGAGUAUCAACACUUCAAUGACCAUGCCUCGAUGCCGCCAGGCUGGAACAGACUACGAGGCAGAUUUCUGGAGAGCUAUAGGCAUCCCUUGUCCCCCAGGACAAGAUAUUCAUACCCGUUUCCAUUCCCCGACAGUGCGGAAGCGAAUUCGCCGGAUAUUCAGUACGGCCCAAUACUGCAUUUCAACGCAAAACGAGGUUGGCUACUCAAAUCAAACAAGCUCGAACAAGAUAACGGUAAUAAGAAGAUAUAUGGCGUAUUUAACCUUUGUGUCGGCGACGGAACCUGGGCUGGGAUAUUAAUUGACGACCGAUUGGACCAAAGCUUCACUCAAAGGUCUGAUGAGAAAUGCGAAGUAAUUGCAAUUGCUGAGGGACGGAUUUUUUGUAUCCGUAAUUACAUUGACUGGCCUGAGCUUGCGAUGCCUCUGCAAGCACCCUUCCUGGGGAGGCCGCGGCCAAAAUUACAUGGAACAUUCACGAAUUUAGAUGAUUUUUGUUAUGAAUUUUACUUUAUUCUUUGGAUUGGUUGGAUUGACGGCAUUGCAUAUCGGAGGGGUAUUGGAAGAGUUUUCAAGAGCAUAUGGGAAAGUAUGGACCUUGAAGAGAUUCAAGUGGAUUUAGGCUAA